CUCCUUAGGUUAAACCAGGAAGAGCCGGUUUAAAGAGUCGAUUCGUUCGCUACCGACACAUCACUACUGGCAACCCUAUUCUACCGAGAAGAGAGGCAGUAGUAACGCUACGUAUGCAGUGCAAAGCAUACUAGGCCUGAAGAACGACAUUAUUGACCGACACUGUUUUUGUCUAACUGACAUACAGCUUCCACUAAAUUAUGCGUCAUUGUUUUGCAUCUGGAAAGUGGAUAAUUAUACUUAUGGCGGUUGGAUUACACCGUUAUGAAUAAGAAUGAAAGAAGUGAGAAACGACUGUCAAAAAUACAUCACUGGGGUCACAGGCAAAGUGUAUUGAGUAGAAGACCAGUCAUCUUUCUGCACAGUGCACAUGCUUCAUCUACAGCAUCCUACUUUCAACUGUUGGUGGCAAGAUGGCUGAAGGAUCCGUUAGUGGGACUCCAACAACGUCUAAGAGUAGAUGCUGCUGGACUUUUGGAAAGGAUGACCGAGCUAGGGUGCAUGGUCAGGAGAACUUACUUCCUUCAGCAUCCAUUGUCUAAAUCAUAAGCUUAUAAAAUCACGUAUCUGGAACCAGCAGAUCAUAACAACUCAAGCACUGCUCUUUCAGUUCUUUCUUAAAACAGCGCAGAACUAUGGCUGGCCAUCAAGGAUGAAGGGUGAUGAAGGUGUAGAAAAAGUGGGCAUAACAGAAACCAUGUUCACUGUAAAAGGCACUGGAAGAAGAAGCUGGCAAAAAAUGUUAUCUUCACACCUUUACUGAAGGCCGGGACAAUCAUCCCUUGUGAUCUGAAGGUGGCCCUAACCAGCUGUGGGUUCUGGGGCAAAUGCAGAAUUCUUCUAGUGAUAGUGAAGAGGAUUUUCAGGGAAUAUUCACCUGAAAAUGAUUUGAUGGAGAAAACUAAUUGACUAAGAUGACACUCACAGAUCCACCCAACAUACUGGAAUCUGCUGUGUAUCAAACUGCUAAACUGAAUUCCAUCUCUAUUCACGUCAAGCUCUACUCUUCCUGUAAACAAUGUGAUUCCACAUGCAUCAGUGCACUGGAGGAUCCCUGGAAUAACCCAAAAGAGCACAGUCAUAUGUGCGAUACUUCAUCUCUACACCAGCCCAAAUAUAACACAAUUGAAAUGGAGUACCCAUGUACAAGGGCUGACAGAUAUGUAGCCAACCCAGAUGCUGCCUGGAAUAUGCUAGCCCAACAUAAAAGGCACAAACUGCAUCGUUUUUCAUCCCCAGAUCUUUAUAACAUGCAAGUAACCCCUCAAAUUAUGACUGCUGAAAUGGCUGGUGAGGUUGCACUUAGGAGAAGAACAAGAUCAAGAAGUGCUUCACGAGUCCAGACCAACUUCAUUCCUUUAAUAACUGAUGGUUCUCCACCUGUGGUAAGAAGGAAUCAAAAACAUUCUCAGUGGAGGCCAGAGGUGUCUGCCAGAGAGUCCUUCUAUGGACCGACUUGUACUGUCAUUAAUGAGGUACAUCCCAUCAAACUGCAACCACAGAGGACUGAUACCAUUAGGCACUCUCCUAUUUAUAUGCCUGAAAGUUUGGAUGAGGGAAGGACUGUUAAACUUGCCACUAGUCCUCAUGUAAGAUGUCGAGUGGACAUUAAGCCUGAUGAGACAGCAUUGCAGCAACAUGGUCAAAAGUCAUCCAUUUCAAGGGUGGACAUACCAUCGCAGAGGUAUACCAGUAGUCGCAGUCAGAGUCUUACAGUACCUCCCCAUGUCUCCACCUCCAGAACACCAACUCCCACUGAAUAUUUCAAAGGUGAAUACACACCUACCUACCAGUAUUCCCAAAGUAUGCCAACCAGUUACAUGCUGCCAUUAAAGACUCCACCACAAAGGAUACCUUCUCAAUGGGAGAUGAGACAAUAUGGAAGGGAGAGAAGGGCUAAGUCAAACCCCAAUAUGCCAACUAAAUUCUCCAAUGUAGACAAUUUGGUGAAGUAUGAAACUUCACCCCCAAAAAGAACUUACUAUCAGGAUGACUAUUUUACCAUUCCUAGCCAAACCUACUCUCCUAAAGUACAUUAUUUCCAAGAUAAAAAAACUCACGUGGUUCAUACUAUACCUGACAGGCCAUAUUUCACAGAAGGAGAUCUUUAUCAUACUGCGCCAGAGCAGUACAUAAUACAGACACCCCCUGCACGAACCUUAAUUGGGGAUGACCCUAGGACACAUCAGGUUCAAACAGUUCCUCCUAGGAUUUUCUAUGUAGGUGACCCCUAUGUACCUUCAAUGGAAAGUUACAUUCCAGCCCAAGCAUACUACACAGAGGAUAGGCGUCAUGCACACAUGGCUCAGCCAAAAUCACAUGAUUUGUAUGGCUCAGAUGUAUCUAGCUAUUCCACACCCUAUCCUUCAUACACAUCUCAAGUUACACUAGCAAAAGUUAGACAAGAGUCCAUGCUUACCCCUUGGUACAGUAACCUGUGUAUGGAGCCAACAAGAGCAGUAACUGAUCCAAGGUCUCACUCAAGGUCUUGGGACAAUAUCCUCAAUACUCAUGUAGCAAGGGAACAACCUGUGUCUCAUGGGAAAAGUGAUGAGAAUCUCCUGUGUCAAAGGAAACAAACUUUGUCAAUAAAUGACAGACCAAAACCUGUGGUUGUUAAUCUUUCAAGUUCACCUAGACGUUAUGCAGCUUUAUCCUUGUCCGAUAAUUCCUUGAUUGACAAAAGCCCAGUUGACAUUAAGGGAACCUCAAGCAAACAGUGGUAUGUCACUCCUGAAAUCACUAUUACAGAUAAUGAUAUCAAACCUUGCAAGGGCUAUAAGGCAGAGGCACGCUCAGCCAGUUGGGAUGUGCUUGAUUCAAAAAGAGCUACAGGUGAAGAUGCCUCUUACCAUGAGACAAUCCCCUUUCCAACUAAAGAUAAGACACAUCACAGCACCUCACUCCAACAAAGCUUAGAACAACUUGACAAGCUUUUAGCUGACCUGGUCAUUGAUUAUAAACCACCCACUAGUAUACAGGCCAGUGAAGACUUGAUGGAUCAACUCAAGAAGCUUAUUGAUGAAGAGGCAGUAUCAUCAGGAAGAAAGAAUUCAAAGGCAGUAUAUGAGAGUAGUGUGUCCCUUGACAAACCAUCAACAUCUAUAACAAUAGAUCACACCAUAAGAGACACUGAGAGGAGAUGUGAUGGUCUGCAAAAUAAUGAGGAGUGCUCCCCUGACCAGAGUCCAGAUGAGGAUGAGACAAUGAUGUGUUCUAACAAUAAAUGCCGUCGGACAGAGACAUUGUUUAAUGCUUGCCUCUACUUUAAAUCCUGCCACAGCUGUUACACAUACUACUGCUCUCGCAACUGCCGCAGGGAGGACUGGGCUAUUCACAAGGAGAGCUGUCUGUAUGGAAGAAUUGGCAGCAUAUGUCGCCACAUUAUUAAAUAUUGUAGAGAAACUGCAGAGGUCCACAAAGCUUUCUCACGUAUAGCGAAAGUGGGAUACCUGUCCCGAGGAAGAGGUGUGCUGUUUUUGAGCUUUCCAAACCCAGGAUCAUCAACAAAUUUCCUUCAGUAUGGCCUAGAAAGCCUCCUAAUGUCUCCAACAUAUCUGUCCAUACGUGAACUAGAUUGUUACAUGGAUAACCUUGGAGAUUAUUGUAAGGAGCUCCAGGAAGCAGGUAAGGAAUAUGACCCUAAUGAAUGUUUUCUCUUGAAUGUAUCCAUUGCUGUUGGUGAACAAGUGCCUGAGAGAUCACCACCAAGGGUAAAGGCCCCAACAGUUAGGAAGUAUGCCAAGGUUGCUUUAGCCUCUUACAGCCCAGAAGGGAAUGUCCAUGGGAAAGAACGUGAAAUGGAGACUUUGAUUCUCACUCCACCACCAGGUACAGCUGACAUUGACAAGGAAGGUGAAGAGGGGAGAAAAGCUAGAGAGAUUUGUUUCAUCAACAUUCAACGGGAGCUAAGAAUUCGUGGGGUGUUCCUCCGCCAUGAGUACCCCCAUGUGUAUCAGAAACUCUGUGAGUUUGUGGAGAGCAACAGAAGGUUUACUCCUACCAGUAUUUAUCCUAUUGACAAGAGAACUGGCAAGCAGUUCAUGUGCAUGAUAAUGGCAGCCUCUGAGCCACGGACUUUAGAUUGGGUUGCCACUCCUCAUCUUCUAGAUGAUAUUAUUUGAACAAAUACACCUUUUAGGUAUAUAAAAUUACAUCUUAUAUAGUUAUAUAGUUAUGUACUACAGAUGAAAGAUACAUAUAUCAAGCUUAUUGUAACUGUUUAUAUGUAUUUUGUUAUUUAAAAACAUGCAUUAAUGUAUCUAAUACAUAGUAUUACGUUGUUGGAAGAGGAAACCACAAAUUAUUUAUUGACAUUUUGCUAUGAUGGAUUAGAAGAGUAUUUUCAGAAUGGUUUCAUGACAGCUUGCCAAUCAAUGUUACCAGCGGAAAGUCACUAAAUCAGUCAGUACUCAUUUAUAUGUGCUGACUGCUCAUAAUGAUUGCAAUGCCAUGACUUAAAGACAAAUGAUAUUCCUAAUUUUUAGUCAGUCCCACCAAAACAAAUUUAAAUGAUGUACUGUGGCUAAAUCAAGUACUUGCACACAGUUACUCCAUAUAAAAUGAUGUGAAGAAUAUAAAUACAACGUAGGAAUCAGAUCACACUUGGUUAAAUUUUUUUUUUUUACAAGAUAGAUAGAUAGACAGACUAUAUGGCCAAAGGUAUGGGGAAACCUGGACACCACACGUUUAUAAGCUUGUUGGACAUCCUUUUAUGAAACCAUAGGCAGUCAUAUGGAAUUUGUCCCAAUGUUUGCAGCUGUAACAGCCUGUACUCUUCUGGGAAGACUUUCUAUAAGAUUUUGAAGUGUGUCUGUGGGAAUUUGUGCCCAUACAGUCAAAAGAGCAUUUGUGAGGUCAGCCACUGAUAGUGGACAAGAAGGCCUGGCUUGCAGUCGACAUUCCAGUUCAUCUCAAAGGUGUGCAGUGGGGUUGAGGUCACUUGACAAACUUGUCAAACCAUGUCUUUUAUGGACUUUGCUUUGUUCACAUGGGCAUUUUCAUGCUAAACAAGAAAGGGCAUUCCCCAAACUCUUGCCACUAAGUUGGAAGCAUACAAUGCUAAUUACGGUUAAGCAAAUUAAUGCUAUAGCAUUAAUAUUACCCUUCACUGGAACUAAGGGGCCUAGUUCAAACCCUGAAAAACAGAUCCAGACCAUUCCCCCUCCUCCACCAAACUUAAAUGUUGGCACUGUACGUUCCAGUAGGUAGAGUUCUCCAAACCCAGAUUUGUCCAUCAGACUCCCAGACAGUGAAGAUAUGAUUCAUCACUCCAGAGAACACCUUUCCACUGCUCCUGAGUACAGUAGUGUGCAAUGGAGGUCAACAUGUCUAGCGGUGGCUUUACAUUGCUCCAGCCAAAGCUUGGCAUUGUGCUCUUAGGCUUGUGUGCAGCUGCUCAGCUAUGGAAACCCAUUUCAUGAAGUUCCUGAUGCACAGUUCUUGUGUUGAUGUUGCUUUCAGAAGCUGUUUGGAGCUGUAGUGAAUGAUGCAACAGAAGACAGGUGAUUUUUAGAUGCUACACACUCAGCGGUGCAGCUCUGUGAGUUUGCGUAGUCUAUUGCUUUGUGGCUAUGAGAUGCUUCCAUUUCAUAAUAAUAGAAGUUACAGUUGACUGGGGCAGAUCUAACAGGGCAGAAAUUUCAUGAACUGACUUGUGGAAACAGUGGCAUCCUAUGACAGUGCCACAUUUAGUCACUGAGAUCUUCAGUAAGACCCAUUCUACUGCCAGUGUUUGUCAUGGUGACAUGCAACUGUUAGCAGUUGGGUGUGGCUACAACACCUGAACUCAAUAAUUAUGAGGGGUGUCCACAUACUUUUGGCCAGAUAGAUAGAUAGAUAGAUAGAUGUGGUGUUUUCUAGUCCUGCAGAGCCCUUGCACCUCACAUUGGAGAGUGAGGUAUUUGGAGUGUGUACGAGAGGUUAAAAAAAGUUCUCUACCAAUGUUGACAAUGGUGCUUUUAUAUAUGUUUUAUAGAAUAACGUGAGCCAUAAUAGACUUGAAAAACAAUUAUAAUGAAAAAAAAAAUCAUAUUGGUUAAACUCAACAAAUCAUUUGUUCACUACUAUGUGGGUUCCUAUGCUCUUACAUUUCACUGCAAAAUUAACACUGCAAAAUGAAUUACUUGCAUGUUGUGAACAUGCUGCCCUUGUAAUCAAUAACUAGACUUCGAAAUAUCUUUAAACAAUUAUGAUUAUCAUCGGCAUGCUAUGAGUUAAGUGAUCCAACUAUGAUUUAUUACUUAGUGCACUUGGAAAACAGUGUGCUUUUACAUCUAUUUUUAUCCUGAUACAUUGAUAUAAUAUUUUUAUUAUAUCAUGUGUGUGUGAAAGUUUUCAGUCACCAGGUAAUUUUUAAUGUUUCUAGCAGUAAGUAUUGAGAGCUGGACUUGUUAUUCAUUCAUGAUGACAUUUUGCUAAUCCCUGCUAUAUAAAAAACACUGUGUAAUUACCAUCUAUGUGAUUAAAAUUAUACUAUGUUGUGGAAGUCUGAACUGGUAUGAAACUGUAAGACCCUGUAAGAACAAGAAAAUUGGUAUUUAUCAUGCGUGCAUACGCACAGCUGUACGCAGUGGCCAUUGAUAAAUCCCACACUUUCUAAACUGAUGUGCUCCUGCAUGGCCACACUCAUUUGCAUAAAGAAACAUCCACAUUGCCAUAUAUCGUAAACAAUUCCCUUGAAAAAGCACAGUAGUCUGCUUGUUUCAAAGGAUAUGGAACAUGCCAAAAGAUCUAAGAAGAUGAAAUAAAGAUACUGUUGCAUGAAAUAGAACAAAGCAAAAUGGUUUGGUACUUUCAUGAGUAGUUUGUCUAAUAAAGAAAUACAAUGUCA